UCGAGGAACUACUGUACUGUUUUGCGUAGUGCCUGUAUCAUUUUACAUUCUCACCAGCAAUAUACGAGUGUUCCGAUCUCUCCACAUAUUCGCCAACACUUGUUAUUUUCUGUUCUGUAAUUGCCACCCUGAUGAGUGUGACUAUAUUAUUUUCAAGUCUCUGUGUCAUUAAUUUUUAGCCUGGUCAUUUUUACUUUCUUCCCUCUCAUUUCUUCACUUUUGCCCUCGUGUUCAUUUUUCCAACUUCUUGAGGAGAAAGCUUGGUUGGUUUAUCUUAAAGUUUGUUGUGUUUUGCUAAAUGAUAAGAAGAACAAUGGAACGAGAUGACAGUCAUCAUAAACACAUUUUUGCACCCAAUAACACAGCCUCAAAAAUAUAUCAAGCACAAUGGACAGAAAUGUAGGAACAGAGAAAUUAAUUAUAGUUGAUCUUAACACACCCCUUUCAGUAACUGAUAGAUUAAAUAGAGAUAUAUAAGCAGAGAUACUGAAUUAUAGUUAAUAAACUCAAGAUAUUAGAUAAAUCCAAAAGUAAAGGACAAACAGUGAAGAUUCCUGGAGAGAGUAAAAAUGGGAAGAGUGCCAAGGAGAACUUUUAAAUUUUACCUGGAUACUUCUGUAUUGCUUGGCUUUUCUAGACUGAAAUUUAUUUGUGUAUCAUUUGUAUACUUCAAAGAACAAUAAGAGGCAAAAGACAAAAAAGCAAUAGUGGUUCAACUGGCUGGCUCACAUUUUUCCAGCACAAUAGUCAACGCCUUGAGGAAAUCAAAAUAUGUAGGGAGGGGCACCUGGCUGGCCCAGUCAGAAGAGCCUGUGGCUGCCUAUCUCUGGGACAUGAGUUCAAGCCCCAUGUUGGGUGCGGAGAUUACUUAACUAAAUAAACAUAAAAAAUACAUAGGGAUUAUUAUCAUUCCCAGGUUAUAAAACUCAUUUACAAAGUAGGAAAUAAAAACAACGUGGGAAAAUAUGUGCGGUAAGUACUCAAGGAGUAUAUUUGGGUACCUACAAACACUUAGGGAUGAAGUAUGUUGCCUUGCUGAACUGCAAAAGCAACUCACAGUAGGUCAGAGCACAGGUGUGCAGGUUUCAAUUCCCAUCUAACAAGGCUCCUGAGUAGCCAGUUUGAAAGAAUAUGUCAGUCAACUUUGGAAGAGUAAGAAAAGAAGGGUCAUGGAGGCAAAUCCGAUCACGCUCACCCCAGCACUGUUCAAAAAAGACAGAACUUUGCCCAACGUUAUUUGAGUAUUUCUAUUGAUAUGAAUGAAACUAACCCCCUUAGCUGGAUGCUAGUAGGCAAUUAAUUCAUUAAGUUUCUCAGCUUCCCUUGUUCAGAGACCAAGCAUCAAACAUCUUUCUGGCUCCCAGGCAGGUCUGUCUAUAUGAUUUGAGGAUACUGAUGAUGUUGAAAGCAAUGAGUCAGUCCCUGCAACAUAUGAUUUCCAAUGGUUCCCUCAAUUGCUGAAGUGCCUUGCGAAACAGCCUGGAGGAACCCUCAUUGGUCCCAUGGGCUGUGUUCUUCCUCCCUGGCCCACCCAGAUGAUUACUGCUGCCCCUCAGCUCCCAAGAGGCAGCUCUGAUUCUCUAUCCCCAUAUAUCCUUCGUCAAUGGCUGACUGCAAAGUGAGAGGCCAAGUUUAGAUCCAAGUGCCUGCCUGAACACUCGGAGAGCCUAGUGCUACAGGGCUGGGUGUCUCCUUGUCCUCAACCAACAGCAGCACCGACACCAGGCUGGAGUCACACUGGCGCACAGAAGGCCCUGAUUUCUCCGCCAGGUCUGGCCUCAGAGAUACUGUCCUGAUUCUGCUAGGUCUCUAAUCUCUGGUCUUGAGGCCCCAGUCCCUUCUGGAUUCAAGGCAAUGUUGCCUCAAAACAAGGACGAGGUGCUGCCACAGAACACAGCACCCCCUGGGCGCCCCCCUCAGGGCUCCUCACAACUUGUGGACUUGCCUUCUGGCAACCUGCAGCCUCUGCCUCCCCAGCCAUCGCUCCCUCCCUCUCACCCACCUUGCUCCCCUCCCCCACGGUCCCACUCUCCUGGCUCCCAUUUCUACAACUCUGACUCAGGUUCUGACUUUGUCCUACAUCCCUGCUCUUCCUCCCUCCCAAGUUCCCCCACUUUCUUUCAUCAGAAUUACCUCUCUCUCUCCCUCACACGCUCUUCCUCUCCCACCCGCCAGCUAUACCCCUCCCUUCCUCCUACUUCUUCCUCCUCUCCCACUCAGCUACAGAACGACUCUCUCCCCCACUCUCACCGUCUGUCUCCUUCCAACCCAGGGUACCACCCCAGCUCCACUGUCACUUCCCCGGCCCCCAGCCUUCCUUCUCCUGGGGUCCACGGGAAGAGGCAGACAUGGCCCUGGCACCAGUACAGGGACACCGGGUCCCCUGGGGUGGUGGGGGGAUGCGUGGCAAGCCAGAGGGACCCUGCAGAGUUCAUGGACCCAGGAGCCCUGGCCCAGGCCCUAGUGGUCCAUCUGGGGCACUGCCGCAUUGCACACGACCUGCGGCUACUGCUUUUGCAGCACCUGUGGCUAGGCACAACUGGCCAGGCCCCAGUUGUAGAAUAUCCUAUAUGCCUGGUGUGUCUCAAGCCCCGCAGCCCCACGUGCCCCAUCCCCAGGUACAAGACCGGACCCCGGCUGCUUGCCUUCCCCCAACUACUGCCCUGUGCGCAGGGCCAGGAAUCCGGACCACUCCGCCUAGGCAUUGGCUUCGGCCUCCGCCUGCCUCGGGGCCAGGCCAGGGCCUUGCACCUGUUGCCAGAAAGAAGGCCAGAGGAAGUAGGUCCACAGGGCAAGGCUGCUCAGGCCCGUGGGUAUCAAACCCGGGCGUCCCAGGCCCCAGCAGCUCACGUACCGGUGGCUCAGGCGCGGGCAGAUCCAGCCCGGGGCCCACCCUCCCCCACCAGGAGCCUCAGAUCUACACACUCUAUGCGCUUUUCAGGGCCUUUACCGCAGGCACCAAAACAGGCCACUGUCUCCCUGAAGCCCAGGCCGUCCUCUGCCCGAAAGAGUCCUGCCUCUUCAGAGCCCAUUCUCCAAAAGUCGCCACUCUAGUUCCAGAGACAAGGAGGCUCCCUGGAGUACCUCCUCUGAACCCCACUGCCCCCACCAGGCUCCAGAACUCAGGGAGCCCCCGAGACUCCCUGAAGGGCUGGCUGGCCGGAGGUCAGGUGUGUUCUCCAGCCUUGAACCCUGGGAGCCCCUUAUGGAGUCUGCUCUCUCCUGGCUGAAGAGGACGAAGGGCACCUGAGACCCCAUUCGGCCUUCAGUGUAUCCAAUAAAGCCUGACCCUGCAGAA